AUGCCCCUCCAACCCCUCAUCAUCUUCCCCGCCGACGCGUUGGAAGACCUCGGCGAGAGACCCCCGCUACGCGUCGUCAAUGUCACAAGUGACUUUGGACUGGACUCUAUGGCGAGUGUGCCCGUAGCCCCACAAGUUGUAAUGAUGCCUGAACCCCCCGUUGCGGCCCCGUCCUCUCGAAGGUCGACCAAUUCUUCCAUUGCCUCUUCGACCACGCUCAAUUCCACCCCCUCGCAAGAGCAAAUGACGCUCGACUCGGACGGACCGACGAUAACCAUGGUGCCUAUCGCGGAGCCCGCUGUGGCGCCAGUCCCAAAGCAUCAGUCCCUUCCCGUGCCUGCGCCUAAUCGAGAAAUGGCCGGUCCGAGCCAACCGAUGCGCUACUCGCAUCUCCCUCGUGUCUCGUUGACCGACGCGCCUGUCCCAUCGCCGUCUGUCACGGGGACGCCGGGUCCGUUCAAGGUGCCCAAAAUCCCACCUCCUACGCGUAAUAGGUAUCCUCGCACGCUGACUGUUCCAACGCCGCUUGCGCAACCGCCGCAGGUUCAACCGGUCAUCGUCCAAAGCACCUCCGCUCAGCAACCUCCCUCUCGACGCGCGUCUCAGCUGCCUCAGGCACCUCAGGCUCCUAUUCCUUUCCCUCAGUAUGCACCUGCUCAUGAGCCGCAAGGUCCUCCCAGACCAUACCAUGUCCACACACGGUCGGACCCACCGCCUUCAACGCCUCUUCGCAAUCAGAGGACGUUUGCGCCACCAGAACCGUCGUUUGUCAACCCAGACUAUUACAGCAGCGAUGACGAUGAUCCGAGCAAAUGGGCACCUUAUCCAGAGGCACCACCGUCACGUCGUUCCUCGCGUUCGUUGAAUGGACAUAGAAACUCCAUCUAUGCUGCCCGUGUCGACUCUGAGGAUGAGGAUAUCCUCUACCCACUGCCCUCCAUCUCCCUUCCAAACCUUCACCUCCGUCCCAUCUUGCAGACGGGCGACGACGACACGUUUGGGCGGAACGAGUCGUCGAAGAGGAUCAAGUUUGCGGUGCCGGAUGAUGAUGGCGUCGACAAGCCUUCGCAGGCUGCCGGUGGGCGAAGGCGGAUCCGGAGGAGAAGCAAUAGCACGGAUUCUGUCGUCCGUGGACCCAAGCAGAUUCCUUGGCUUCAAGAAUCCGAUGUUCCUGAUCGUCGAAGGCGGAGUGGGUUGAUUACGGUGCCCGAUCCGUUUGGUGGUAAAUGGGUUGAUGAGGGUCGUUAUGAUGCUGUCAAUCACCCAGAACUUAUUCCUCAAGAUGUUUAUAAGCGUUAUGUACACGAGGAUGGUACUCCCAAAUUUCCCGAGUAUCGCGAGAAUUAUGCCGCAAAGACAAAGGCGCUUGCCGCCGCCGAAGAACAAUCGCGCGCCCGGAUCCUAGGCCGCAACACCCGUAUGCCCGCCACCCAUGUUGAACUAGAAGAAGAUAUGCCCGUCUCGACACCCGUAUGCCUCCGUCGCCCGCGCGCCAUUUCCGAGGGGGGUGCCAAACUCCGCCGUCGCUCACGCUCGCGCGACCGUGCGGAUUGGGCACCUCCACCGACGAUCCCCGACCCCGAGAUCCCGGCCUAUCCACAGUAUACUAUGCCCGCCCAGUCUACGUCUUUAUUCCCUAAUCCAUUCGAACGGAUGGGUAGGAAGCUCAGCAAGUUACGACGAUGA